AUGGCACCUGGUAUCGUGUUGAUUAUUGUCAAUGUUUAUGAGGCUGAGAUUGCUUCUCCCCACCUAUGUGGUAUCACGGUUGUGUUUCCGAAUGUGACUCUGAAUAUUGCCGACGCCUUGUCUUCCUGGGUGGGAUACGCCUCUAACUUUUCCAAGUGUUUCCCAAUCGUCCCGCAGUGUGUACCAGCCCUGAUGCUCAUUGCUGGAUGCUUCUACAUUCUGUUGUCACCGCGAUGGCUAACUUCCAAGGACCGCAAUGUUGAAGAGCAGGCGAUUCUACAGCGCUUGCACGAUGACCAUGAAGACCCCGUUUUCUGGGGAAAGGAAUAUCUCCGGAUAGCCGCACAACUAGCUGCAGAGCAACAGGAGAGAGUUCAAAGCAGUUUGGAUCACACGUCCACCAGCGCCAAAGGACUUCAGCGUGGAGUUACGGCAGUUGCUCCCAUAACCUCCGUUCAAAGAAAUGUGUUUUAUGCCGGUCUAGGCUUCUCGGCUCCUGAAACUGUAAUGAUGGCAGGCGUAUUUGGCAUCUGCAAUACUGCCGGCGGCACAACCAAUCUGCUCCUGUUCGAUCGCCUGUGGAGACCAUGGGGAAAAGCCGGCAUUGCCUUUAUCAUCCUGUACAUUUACAGCUUUGGAGCCACGUUUGCGGCAUCUCCAUAUGCGUAUGCUGCCGAAGCCCUUCCUAACAAAGUCCGUGCCCUGGGAAUGGCUCUUGCUUUGCUCGUGGCCAAGCUGUUACAUUGA